GCGGCGGCCACGGCGGCACCCCGGAGCCUCGGAGGCGAGGGGCAAGUGGGCGAAGGGGGGAGGGACGGCUGCGGCAGCAGCAGCUGAAGGCCAAGGAAUCGAAAGGGCUGUAGGGGGAGGCAGUGCGAGCCAGCCCCGACUGCUCCUCCUCUUCCUCCUCCUCCUCCAAACUCGCAGGGUUCAGCCCCAGCGCUCGCCCAGCCGCCGGAGCACCCGGAGGGACGGGAGGCAGCCGCGCGGCCCGGAGCUGGGCAGGGUCCCCAGCCGCCAUGGAUAGCGACGACGAGAUGGUGGAGGAGGCGGUGGAAGGGCACCUGGAUGACGAUGGAUUGCCGCACGGGUUCUGCACGGUCACCUACUCCUCCACGGACAGAUUUGAGGGGAACUUUGUUCACGGAGAGAAGAAUGGACGCGGGAAAUUCUUCUUCUUUGACGGCAGCACCCUGGAGGGGUAUUACGUGGAUGAUGCCCUGCAGGGCCAGGGAGUGUACACCUAUGAGGACGGCGGAGUUCUCCAGGGCACCUACGUGGACGGAGAGCUCAAUGGUCCGGCCCAGGAAUACGACCCAGACAGGAGACUGAUCUUCAAGGGACAGUAUAAAGAUAACAUUCGGCAUGGAGUGUGUUGGAUAUACUACCCAGAUGGAGGCAGCCUCGUAGGAGAAGUAAAUGAAGACGGGGAGAUGACUGGAGAGAAGAUCGCCUACGUGUACCCCGAUGAGAGGACGGCACUUUAUGGGAAAUUCAUUGACGGAGAGAUGAUAGAAGGGAAGCUGGCUGCCCUGCUGUCCACUGAGGAAGGCCGGCCCCACUUUGAACUGAUGCCUGGAGGUUCGGUGUACCACUUUGAUAAGUCGACUUCAUCCUGCAUUUCUACCGAUGCUCUUUGCCCAGAUCCGUAUGAAUCAGAGAGGGUUUAUGUUGCUGAGUCUCUCAUUUCCAGCGCUGGAGAAGGGCUCUUUUCAAAGGUCGCAGUGGGACCUAAUACAGUUAUGUCUUUUUAUAAUGGAGUCCGCAUUACACACCAAGAGGUUGACAGCAGGGACUGGGCCCUUAAUGGGAACACCCUCUCCCUUGAUGAAGAAACGGUCAUCGACGUGCCUGAGCCCUACAACCACGUGUCCAAGUACUGUGCCUCCUUGGGACACAAGGCAAAUCACUCCUUCACUCCAAACUGUAUCUACGACAUGUUUGUCCACCCCCGGUUUGGGCCCAUCAAGUGCAUCCGCACACUCCGAGCAGUGGAGGCCGACGAGGAGCUCACCGUGGCCUAUGGCUAUGACCACAGCCCCCCGGGGAAGAGUGGGCCUGAAGCCCCCGAGUGGUACCAGGUGGAGCUGAAGGCCUUCCAGGACGCCCAGCAGAAGUGAAGGGCCUGGCUCCGGGCCUCGGAGACCUGGAAUAGAAACUUGGAUCUAUGCACUACGUUUGUCCGCCUGCGGGACAACCAGGGACUGCUCGUGCUGUGACAUCACAUCCUCUCACUCUGCGUGCGCAACAACUUUCUCGCAUACUAACUAGGUUUGACUGUAUUACUCAUACCAGAUUUAAAAUUAGCUAGCCUUGCAGCAGCGUCCUACUGAGAGGUAUUGUCGAGCACUUGACAUAGGCAGCAUGAUGUUCUUGGGUGGUUCGAGUCUAAAUCCGGACCACAUUCAGAGAUGCCAAAUGAUCAGACCGAAAAAGGGAAAGGGGGUUUUUCAGUCAUUUUUAGUCAGUGGUUUUUCCAUGAUGUUUUUUCCUAUGGCCAAUGCAAAGUGUGUUGUUAUCCACCUGCAAAUGGCCCAUAAGGAAGAUAGAGAAUUACUACAUUUUUAUUCUCUAAAUGUAGUACAGUUGCCUUUUAACCUUUGAUCUGUAUCUUGCAGUAGAAUGGCUUUGUUUUUUUCAUAGUGGACAGAACCUCACUUUUUGAGUCAGUUCACCCCUCGAUCCUGUUCUCUGUCUCAGACACCUUUCACAGGAGAGAACUUCCCAAUGGGUUUUGUGUCCGUGCCAGUGUAUAGGUCUCUCUGGCUCUUUCUAUAUCAUUGUUUCAUUAUUAUGUCCUAAUAUAAAGAACUGGCUCAGAGAGCCAGGCUAUUAUUAUAGAAUUAUUAUUCUCGCAUGUAAACAAAGAUAUCUUUGCAUUAAUAUGUGAGAAGGAAGCAUUUACUUUGUUUGCAUUAAGUUAUGGAAGAGUUGUAAUAUAUACUUUAAGAAAGAAGAGAGGGAAAUUAUCAUUUCUAAGCAGUAACUGUGGCAAUUUUACAAUAUCUUCAGUAGUGCUAGUAAUUUUUUUCUCCGUGCAUAUACAUUAAAUGUACAUAACACAGAGCAGUCUGGCUUGCAGCACAGUGCAUUGAAUUCAGAAGUCAAAUAGCAAACUUGAAUUCUAACACAGAAUUCACAAGUUGCGUUUGUUUUUAUCGCUACUGUUAAGAGAGACAUACUGAUCACUAGAUACAAAAUCAGACAACACUAAAACUCUUCAUCCUUGUGAUUUUAAAGCACUUACCUGCUUCAGAGCAUUGUGAAUUAAGAAUAACACUUGUAUAGUUUAAAAGCAACAAUAUCAAUAGCAUUUCAGCUUUUUUGCAAGCCAUGUAUAAUCACAACUGCAGAAAUAAGGAGAAAACCCCUGUUUUUAGUUUAGCUAAUUAGGUAUGCAACAUAACUGGGAUGGCGCUGGAUAGAUUCUGAGACUUUGGGGUUGCUCUCGCCACAUGCAAUGGCUGUGUCUGUAGAUGCCUCGAGGAGGUAGCUGGGAGGUCCGGUGAGCAGGGGACUCAGACCUGCAGUUGUCAGUGGUGGCCCUGUCACCUGAGCCAGUUCGGUCCUGAAAGUUAAAGCCUUCUUGCUGUAGCUGGUAGAGAGCUCUGACUUGCUGGGAAGGGGACAAGAGUAGAGAAACUGGCAGGAGGAAGUUUGAUCGUUCUUGUCAGUGACAUAUUGCUCUUAGGAAGAACUGAACAGAAUGCUUGACUCGGCUCCUGACAACCUUUAGUCCAGGCAGCCCCUGGGCACAGCACCAGCUCGGGAUGCUGACAGAGCUGCCCUUUCUUUGUUGGCCAGGCCAGGCUUGUGGGAGCCCCCCUCCUGGCAGGGCCAGGGUGGCGAGGUGGUGUGGCUUCAGGGAGCUGCGCCGAUGAUGAUUCACAUAUGAGAGGUUGUCAGGGCUGCUGGAAAGAUGUCCCACGAAGGACCGAAGAGAGUUUUUAGAUGAAAAGGCACCAGGAUAGGAUCGCUCCUAUUCUGCAGAAAGAGACCGUUCUGUGAACUGUGACAGAUGGGCAGCCCUGGGACGUAUUCUGAUCGGUGCUUUCAUUCAAAUGGGUCCCAACGUGAGUGGCUGUGGGCAGGAGAGAGAUGGCGUUAAUGAACCCCCGUGGUUCGGGCUGGGAGUCGUUGGGGGCAGAUGGCCGCCGUCCCCCUGCAGCCGCUGGGAGGUUCCUUCCCGAGGGCCGCGCUGCUCUGGCUGAGGCUGCAGCGAGGUGUAAUUUCUGGGCGAUGUGCUCCUCUAAUGACCCCGUUCAGAUGGAACUUGUCUUUUUUAUGCUUUUUUUUUCCACAAAGGGAUUAAAGAGUUGUAAGUAGUGAUUACCCAAUGAAUCCAUUACAUAUUGGAUGAUAAUGCUCUGAGUUUAAAACGCAGCAGUGUGUCCUGACCUUCAGACAUCAGGAAACAAACCCAAGCCGAACCUCUCUGUCUCUCUCCCUCCUGCCCAUCGGUGUCUACUGGCCCAUCCUUCCUUCUCCUGCCCUCUCCUUCCUCUUCCUCUGUCUGUGACAAGGCCUGGGGGGUACCGCCACCCCCAGCUGACCUUGUGCUCUCUUCCUCUCUCUCCUCCAUGUUCUCAGCUCCUCCUUGCCGGCCUCUCUGCUCUGAGUGCCCUUCGGACCCUGUCUGUCUGUCUUUCCAUCUGUGUGGACCUCUCUCCAUCUACUCUGCGUCAUGUCUAGCUCUGUCAUUUCUGCUGUCCCCCUGCCACACACACACAGACACACACACGCAAACACGUACAGAUACA